UUGGAAAUUCGUUAGAAAGUCCCGUUCGAGAUCGAUUCUCUGAUAUUACGCACUGAGAAGAUACAUCUUACUUAGCCUUGUUUAUCAACGAUCGCGAUUUGGAAGAUAUUUCGAUAAUCGAUACGAUAACCCUUUGGACUUUGGCUUUCUUUACGUAAGGACAAAUAUAGGUUACUCGUCUAUUACCACCACGCGAGCAUUACCGUUGAUGGUACGACACCGUGUACACUGUACAUGCUAAUCGAUCGGGCAUCCUAUACAUAUAUUGAAAAACCAUAAAUAUGAAACGUCUCGUCGCGCUAGUUUGCAUAAUACUAAGUCUUCAGGAUUCCACGGCUUUGCGAAUGGGAUCCACGGAUUACGAAGACAUGUCCUUCUGGAUGAAGUCCGGACAAGAAAAUCUUCAAAGGAUCUUGGCUCAUCGGGACAUCGAGAAUCGUGCGAAAAAUGUGAUCGUAUUCAUCGGCGAUGGAAUGGGCUCUAGUACGAUAACAGCUGGCAGAAUUUUGACGGGACAGUCGAAGGGUCUCUCCGGCGAAGAGUAUAAACUCGUUUUCGAGGAUUUCCCCAGUACUGGCUUUUCCAAGACAUACAAUGUUGAUAAGCAAGUACCAGAUUCAGCAGGCACGGCUACAGCGAUGUUUUCCGGCGUAAAGUGUCGAUACCGUGUUAUCGGAUACGAUGCUAAGGCACGUUACAAUCAUUGCGAUAAAGCGAUCAAUCAAUUGAGUAAAUUAACCACGAUCGCUGAUUGGGCCCAAGAGAGUGGUAUGGACACAGGUUUCGUCACUACGACCCGCGUGACCCACGCGACUCCGGCAGGGCUCUAUGCUCACGUGAAUAAUCGUGAUUGGGAGUGCGAUUCGGAAAUUCCAAAGGAGUACCGAGAAUGUACAAAAGACAUAGCUAGGCAGCUCGUCGAGGAUGCACCAGGAAACGGUUUCAAGGUGAUAAUGGGCGGUGGAGCCCAACAUAUGGGUAUGACUAUGGAAAAGAUCGACAAAGGCACCUGUAUCAGAAACGAUGGUAGGAAUUUGGCCGAGACGUGGAUAAAAAAUAAUCCCGAUGGGAAGCUGGUAACCGACGUCGAGGAACUAAUGUCCGUUGACAUUGGUAGUACCAGCAAGAUCAUGGGCAUCUUUGCACCUAGUCAUUUGCCUUAUCGCGCUGAGAAGAAUAACAAUGUUCCGUCCUUGGCGAAUAUGACGAUGCAAGCUAUCAGAUUGCUCAGAAAAAAUAAAAAUGGAUUCCUCCUGAUGGUCGAAGGUGGAAAGAUAGAUAUAGCACAUCACCAAAACUAUGCAGAGUUGGCACUUCGCGAAUUAUCCGAAUUCGAAGAAGCUGUGAACGUUGCCUUAAAACAGGUGAAAUUGGACGAGACUUUGAUAAUCGUCACAGCCGAUCAUUCUCAUUCUUUCACGAUGAAUGGCUAUCCUGCUAGAGGCAACGACAUACUUGGUUUAGCAAGUAACAUAGCCAAUAAGGAUGAUCAAAGAUACGAGACACUUACCUAUGCUAAUGGCCCAGGAUUUUUUUAUCAUCGUCGAAACGACAGUAAAAAUGUCAACGAGACCUGGAUAAACUUGGAAGAGGACAAAAAUCGUAGCAAUAUAUUUUAUAUGCACAUGGCUGCUCAAUAUCUAAAGGACGAUACUCAUGGUGGUGAAGACGUUGGAGUUUACGCUAUUGGUCCCUACUCCCAUCUCUUCCGUAGUACAUUUGAACAAAAUUACAUAGCUCAUGUGAUAGCCUACGCGGCUUGUUUCAAAGACUGGCCAUCGCACUGUGACAGUGCGUACAGUCGGUACUUUUACGAGUUGUCGAAUACGAGGGGACGUUCUACGGCGGCGUCGAGUUUCGCUUCUACGUAUACGAUAUUCACGAUACUCAUCUUGAUGUCAACUUUGAUGAGGCCUUGAUGAAAGAUCAUCCUCGUUCGUAGCAGUCAGCACAGUAUAUUACAUUUUUCUUUAUCUAAAUCGUAUCAAUGAAUUAUCAUAAUCAAAAUUUUAAAAAAUACUACCACGAUUUUCUCUCUCUUUUUCUCUUUCUAUCUUGAAAUACGUACACGCACGUACGCCGCACGUAUGCCGUACGACACACACACACACACACAAUUUAUUUCGCGAUAAAAAUAUUAAGUAAAAGUUUUAUAAUUUGUCGAAUAUAUAUAUUUUAAAUUUACAUUCAAGCUUUCAUUGCAAGCUUUUAAUAAACUUUCCAAAUGAACAAUACACGAUCUCUUGAUAUUACAUAGUUAUAAAAGAAUAAAGAAACCAAUUGUGUGUUAGUAAUAAGAAAUAAUUCUUUCUUUUGUAUUUUUGGCAUAGAUUCUUUCUCUUUCAUGAGAAAAGAAUGUCAGAUGAUCAUUAAUCAUAUACUCGAAUACUGUUAUACUGCUAGUAUACUCUAAUUAACAUAAAAUAUCCACAUUGUGAUGUUACAUUGUUAUUUUAUGUAAUAUUUAUCGAAUGGUACAGAUCGUUUUUAACUUGGAUGUAUUUUACAAUAGUUUUAUAGUAUAGGUAACAAGUGAGGGUUUUGUGUCACACAUAUGUGUGUGUAUAUAAAUAAUUACUCUGAUGUUGCGAUGUUCUUUGUUUAAUAUACUGAUGGCCCUCAGUUGGUUAAAAUACUUUAGAUUAUAUCAGAAAAUGCUUCUUUAAAAUCUGUUGUAAUAUGUUGAGUCAAUUGAAUAUGUAUUAUAUUUGCCAAAUCUGUAUUGAAAAAAGAAAUUUAAAAUACUUUUGGGGAAAUGUUUUAUAUAUAUAUGUGUUUAUAAUAUUGUAACAUUUCUCACCUUAUUCGACAAAUGUUUUAAUCUCUUUCAUAUCCAAGUAAUCAUUGAAAUGUUGUGUGGCUUCCAUUACUGCUUGUCAUGAUAAAAUGAUUUCUUCAUAUUGUUUCUUUUAUAUCAAUGUUCGAAAAGCGCACAUUAUGUAAUGUAAUAUAAUAUUUUAGUUGAAAAUAUUAAAAUACAAAUUAAUGUUCUUUUAUCGAAGCUUUCUUUGGUCCUUUUCUUUCAGUUAUGUAUUUUUUAUUGAAUAUGUCGUACAUGUAUCGAAUAGCUGAGGAUUCUGAAUUCAUUCUACUUGUAUAACAUUCUUGUAACUUUAUUUCUUUAAUUUUGCAGUAAUGAAUUUAAUGUGGAUUCUUUCAACAUUUAUUGUUGACGUGUAAUUAGUAAUCGACAUCAUCGGAAUAAGGAAUAUUGAUGCAUAAGACUUUUAUUUCAUUCAAUGAUAAAUAUUUACUGAAAAUCGAAGAUGUUAAGUUUUACAUAAUAAUCGUAUAAAUUGCAUCCUAGAACUACGAAUUCUUCUAUUGUCAACUGGACAUAGUUGGAAAUUUAUUUGCACGGUAAAUGAUCACGAAUAUCAUUCAUAAACAAAUUAUAUUUUAUUCUUUACUUUUUACCGAAUACACAAUUACAAUUAAGUGUAUAAACUAUUUAUUUUUUUAUGAAAUUUAAAUAUAUUACACAGAGCACAUUUAGUAUUUUUUAAAUUAAUCCUCAUUAUAAAAGCUUUUUAUUUUUAUUUAUAACCUAUAUAUUAAAAAUCGAUAAGAAAUUUAACAAUUAUAAUAUCAUAGAGUGUUUCCAUCUCUCUCUUUGAAUUGCACAGAUGAUGUACGCGCAUAUGCGACAGUCCAAGUUACGAAUGUCUUGCAACUUGAAUUUCAUUACUAGCAUAAUCUUUAUCAUUCCGAGUGAAGCUAUAUCCAGUGCCAACUGGAUUAUCAAUGUAAAUUAAAUUACGAGAAAUACUUAAGAAAUAUAAUACUUACACGAUGCAAGCGUUGUUAGACUCGUUCGUCGUCCAGAUAAAACACGUCCAGAGAGAUGCUUAGAGGAACGAAUACUGCGUACUAACCACGCCUUAGUAAGGACGACGAAUGUGGGAAAAUCGUGCCACGGUUGAUCUCUCCGAUCGUCCCUUGUUUAUUUACAAAUACUUUUCACUACAAGACUUCCCCAAUUCUCCGAAUUGUAUACACGUACGACGUAUAUAUACACACGUAGUAACAACAAUUUAUCACGCUCGACCGGUUUUUCUUUCGUUGUUUGCCGGAAACAAUAGGUAAAGGAAUCUUUAAGCUAUUAUCUAUAUACUAAUGUUAUCUUUCUUUUUCUACGAAGAGCCUCUUUGUAUGUAUUCAAAAACAGACAAACUUACGUGCGCGCAACGAGACUUUGCUAUAACGAAGAUUUAAACUAUCUAAUUUUAAAAUUAACCUUAUCCUUUACUUUUAUGCGUGAAUUAUCGUCGAGAAAACAUCAUUUUUUGACACGAUUUUUUCAAACAAAACGAAGCGUGUAUUCGAAAGUUCGGAAGAAUCGUAUUCUCACUAGAAUAUUCAUCUUUGAAGCGAUCUCGUUCGUCAAAAUCGUUAAAAAAUUAUAUCUGUAUUUAUCGUUGGCGUAAACCAACAUAAAACAACGAGCGAUGGACUGUCAACAAAAACGGACCUUUCAACGAAUCGGAUGGUUACUCUCUCUCUUUCUAAAAGCAGAAACUUCAAAAUCAAUACUUUCCUCGUACUAACAUCGAAAAUAAUACACAUUUAUAUGAAAAAUAAUCGUACGCGGGCGCACGAACAUUUUCCUUACAAAUAUAUUUUCACGUUUACGAGCUUUAUUUCUACAGAUAUCAAAUCGAAAUGAUUAAUUUUCACAGUUUGAUGCAGCAAGAUAUUCGUUUAGAUAGUUUUUAAUUUCGUAUAUCAUAUUUUUAACGUUUCCAUAUUAUUAUACAAACAGAUCGAAACAACAAACACGUGGGGAAGCCAUUGUAAAGAUGACGUAACGCGUACGCGGGACGGUCCAUAGCUUCCUUCCUGCCGCUUAAUCCGCCAUUCCGAAUUAGUUCGUGGCACGCGUCGCAACCGAGCUUCGUCCUCUCGUUAAUUGCAGUUAAUCAGAAUAUUUUAUCCAACGUACGCUCUAAUUUUGUAUAUCGAUCGAACGUCGAAAACGCUAUUUCCACGGGUGAAUUUAUUAACAUCGAUCACGCUCAACUACGAAAUAUAUUCUGCUGCGUUCCUUAACCUAACAACCAUACAAGCCAUCGUUAUUUUCGAUUAUACAAUGGAAGAACUACGACGUUCGCAUUUUCGUCAUCAAUUUUACUUAUUUACAAUGAGAAAUGAUGUUGGACACACGACAACGACGACUGAUCGAAACUUUACAAGCACGUGGGGAAGCCAUUGGAAAGAUGACGUAAUAUGUACGUACGACGGUCCACAUCUUUCUUGCUGCCGCUUACUCCGCCAUUCUGAAUUAUUUCGUGGCGUUUGUCGCAAGCCAGCUUCGUCCUCUCGUUGACUGCAGAAUGGGAGAGGUACGACGUCUGGAUUUUCGUCUUCAAUUUUACUUAUUUACAAUGAGAAAUGGUGUUGGACACAUGACGACGAGUGAUCGAAACAACAAGCACGUGGGGAAGCCAUUGCAAAGCUGACGUAACGCGCAUGCGCGACGAUACAGCUUCCUUGUUGCCGCUUAAUCCGCCAUUCUGAAUCAGUUCGUGGCACGUGUCCCAACCAAGCUUCGUCCUCUCGUUAAUUGCAGGAUGGAAGAGGUACGAUGUUCGGAUUAUCAAUUUUACUUACGUACGAUAAGAAGUGAUAUUCGAUACAGGACGACGAGUGGGCGUAGAUUCUGUAAAUUUGUUCGUCAGCGUUAACAACACAGUGUGGCCCAUGUUCCUAGAAAGAAGCAAGAUUGAUUUGGCUAGAGUUCAACAAAGUAGACGUCUUCCGUUUAAGUUUAUAUAUUCAUUCUUCGAUUAAGCAGUGUUCUUUCAGCGAAACUUCUUUUAGUAAUUUGCCGUCAGAGUAUAUUUUUUGUUCGAUUGUACAUUUUUUGGGAAGUGCGUUUUAUAUACGUGGAAUAGUUGAUAAUUCGGAAUUCAUUCAAAUUGAUUAACGUUGAUGUAACAUUAUUUCUUUAAUUUUACAUUAGUGGAUUUUACAUGGAUUCUUUCAACCUUCAUCGUCGUCAUGUGAUUAAUAAUCGACAUCAUCAGGAUAGGGAGGAGUUGUGCACGGUCGUCACCGCGCAGUUGAAUCUUUCUAGACGCAACCCACUUUUUAUCGAGCACUUGUUUAUGGUCGAGAUUUGUCUCGUACCAUUUUCUGUGCAUUUACGCUGGUUGCUCUGCCUUCGUCCAGCAUUAUAAAAUAACCGAGGACAUUCUACUCUCCUCCUUAUUUUUUAGACCUGCUUCAGAUGUCGUUAAUUGAUCUCACGUCGAGGACGAUCGAUGGGAAAAUCUAUGUACGCGAACGCGCUUAAUCUACAUUAUUUUAACGAGUCGUCGUCCGUCUUGGAAUAUCACUGCGAAAUAAAAAUUGUAGACUUUUCGUUGAUAGUACAUGAGAGAACGAAUACUGCUUAAAUCACGGAGUGGAUGUAUCAUUCGACGGGUCGUUUCCUGAUUGCUGUAAUGCGGUUGACAGUUCUUUAGCCAUCGAAAUGUUACAAGCACGUGGGGAAGCCAUUGCAAAGGUGACGUAAUGCGCAAGCGCAGCGGUCCACAGCCUCCUUGCUGCCUCAGAAUCCACCAUUUUGAAUAAUGAUUGGCACGUGUUAUGACCAAGCUUUUUUCUUGCAGGGCGUAGAUUCUGUAAAUUUGUUCGUCAGCGUUAACAACACAGUGUGGCCCAUGUUCCUAGAAAGAAGCAAGAUUGAUUUGGCUAGAGUUCAACAAAGUAGACGUCUUCCGUUUAAGUUUAUACAUUCAUUCUUCGAUUAAGCAGUGUUCUUUCAGCGAAACUUCUUUUAGUAAUUUGCCGUCAGAGUAUAUUUUUUGUUCGAUUGUACAUUUUUUGGGAAGUGCGUUUUAUAUACGUGGAAUAGUUGAUAAUUCGGAAUUCAUUCAAAUUGAUUAACGUUGAUGUAACAUUAUUUCUUUAAUUUUACAUUAGUGAAUUUUAUAUGGAUUCUUUCAACCUUCAUCGUCGUCAUGUGAUUAAUAAUCGACAUCAUCAGGAUAGGGAGGAGUUGUGCACGGUCGUCACCGCGCAGUUGAAUCUUUCUAGACGCAACCCACUUUUUAUCGAGCACUUGUUUAUGGUCGAGAUUUGUCUCGUACCAUUUUCUGUGCAUUUACGCUGGUUGCUCUGCCUUCGUCCAGCAUUAUAAAAUAACCGAGGACAUUCUACUCUCCUCCUUAUUUUUUAGACCUGCUUCAGAUGUCGUUAAUUGAUCUCACGUCGAGGACGAUCGAUGGGAAAAUCUAUGUACGCGAACGCGCUUAAUCUACAUUAUUUUAACGAGUCGUCGUCCGUCUUGGAAUAUCACUGCGAAAUAAAAAUUGUAGACUUUUCAUUGAUAGUACAUGACAGAACGAAUACUGCUUAAAUCACGGAGUGGAUGUAUCAUUCGACGGAUCGUUUCCUGAUUGCUGUAAUGCGGUUGACAGUUCUUUAGCCCACGUGGGGAAGCCAUUGCAAAGGUGACGUAAUGCGCAAGCGCGGCGGUCCACAGCUCCCUUGCUGCCUUAGAAUCCACCAUUUUGAAUAAUUAUUGGCACGUGUUACGACCAAGCUUUUUUCUCACGUUGAUUGCAGAAUGGAAGAGGUAUGACGUCCAGAUUUUCGUCAUCAAUUUUACUUAUUUACAAUAAUAAAUGGUGUUCGACACACAACGACUGGAUGUAGACGUGAUUUCUUUCGUUAUUGUUGACAUUACAUCGUGGCUAGUUUUCUUAAAAAUAAGCAAGAUGAAUUUAGUUACAUUCGAACAGAAUUGACAUCUUGACAGUACGAACGCUACUUAAAUCGUGGAAGGAAGCGUUCCUUGAUCUAACAACCAGCUAAGGAAUCAUUAUUUUCGAUGAUAGAAAGAAAGAAGUAUGAAGUUCAAAAUUUUCGUCAUCAGUUUUACUUAUCUAUGAUAAGCAAUGGUAUUGGACACAGGACGACAACUGAUAAGCAAUAGUUGACAUAUAUUAUUAUUUAUUUUCACGUUACCCUUUACGAUAACGUUUAGCUAAUUCUACAUUUAUUUUUUCAGGGUAUAGGCAUUGCGAUUUCGUCCGUUAUUGUUAACAAUGCAUCGUGGCCCGUGUUCCUUGAAAUAAGCAUGGUGAAUUUAGUUACAGUCGAACAGAAUUGACAUCUGUUUACACAUUCAUUCUUCGAUUAAACAGUGUUCUAUUAACGAUACUUUUACAUCGGAGUAUAUUUUUCUUCCGAUUACAUUUUUCAUUUAAUAUACAUCGAGUAGCUGAUAAUUCAAAGUUUAUUCAAGUUGGAUAACGUUAUCGUAACUUCAUUUCUUUAAUCGAUGAAAAAAUCUAUGUAAGCGAACGCGUCUUAAAUAACACUAUUUCAACGAAUCAUAUGGUCUCUCUUGAAAUAUCGCUGCGAAAUAGAAACGAUAGGCUUUUCGUCGAUAGUAUACGACAGAACGAACACUGCUUAAAUCGAAAUAUAUGUGUUAAUUGGGUCGUGGAUUCCCGGAUAGCAGUUCCUAAGUAUCACGCUCGUUAGAGCAAGAUGGUUCUUUAUUCUCUUGUCUGAUGAGGAAUACUUAACAUUUUGAUAUUUUUAUUAUAACACUAUUUUUAUUAACUUUGUUAAUUUUUUUUUUUUCUUUUAGGAAGCCUAUGUUGUAAUUUCGUUCUACUGUUUGGAUACGGAUAAAAGAACAAUUCAACGCUCUAGUUGGAAAUGGUCUUUGUAAAAUUGCGACUCACGGAAAGCCUCCUUCCUCUAGGAUCUAUCAUGAAUAUGAAGAUGAGAGAGGAAAGGAAAGGAGCCAGGAAGAUGCGAUGGAAGCAAUAACGAAGGAUGGAAUCUUGAAGAAUCUUCCAUUGGGUUAAAAUCAGCACGAAAACAACGCUUCCUUCAUUUUACCGAACCGAAAGAAGACUCGCCUCUCCUUCGUGCGUAUUGCUUCUUUAAAUCUGCUUAAGCUCCAACGUUCUACGUAAUUCUCGGCGAUUUUGCGCACCCCUAAGCGUUUCUGCGUGACACCCUGAGCAUUUCUGCGACACCUGGAGCGUUUCUGCGACACCCUGAGCGUUUCUGCGACACCCUGAGCGUUUCUGCGACACCCCGAGCGUUUCUGCGACACCCCGAGCGUUUCUGCGACACCCCGAGCGUUUCUGCGACACCCCGAGCGUUUCUGCGACACCCCGAGCGUUUCUGCGACACCCCGAGCGUUUCUGCGACACCCCGAGCGUUUCUGCGACACCCCGAGCGUUUCUGCGACACCCCGAGCGUUUCUGCGACACCCCGAGCGUUUCUGCGACACCCCGAGCGUUUCUGCGACACCCCGAGCGUUUCUGCGACACCCCGAGCGUUUCUGCGACACCCCGAGCGUUUCUGGGACACUACCUUGAGCGUACCUUGGAUACCCUAAGCGAUCUUGCAUGAUACCCUGAGCGUUUCUGCGACACCCUCAGCGUACCUGCGCAAUCCCUAACGUCGUAUUCUGUUCAAUUCUCAGCGUUUUGCGUAACCACCAGCAUUUCAAACGAUUCCCCUGCUUUAGUCUUGCGCAUAAUUACGAUGUUUUACGAAAAAUUACAAGAUAGAAACAAAUUUGUUAGAAUCAUUGUUAUAAUAUUGUUGGAGUUUAUAGAGCGUUGAAAAAAUGAAACUUCAAUUGGAAGGUAGUACAUCAGUUGAUUUUUUCUUUCCGGAAUGUUAACAUAAAAUUGUUUUAUACUUCACAAGAUAUUACGUGCGGUGCAACGUUUAAGCGGUUGUAUUAUUGUUUAAAUCUUAUUUUAUAUCGACCAAUCGUAUAUUAUAGAUUCUUUAAAUAAUUGUAAAGUGAUAGAAAGCAUACAUAAACUUGGGUGCGUUAAGAAAACUAUUAUUUAAGUAUAAUUUUAUAUCGAACAAACUUAUAUUGUAAACCGUUUAAAUAAUUGUAUAGUGAUAAGAAGCGUAUAUAAACAAUGGUGCGUUGAGAAAAAUAUUUAAAUAUAAUUUUAACUCGAGUAAACGUAUAGUAUAGAAUGUUCAAAUAAUUAGUUAAACUAAUAGAAAGUAUACAUAAAUUCUGAUGCGUUGAGAGAAUUAUCGUUUAAUUAUAAUUUUAUACCGAACAAACGUAUAUUGUAAAAUUGUUUAAAUAAUUGUAAAGUGAUAGAAAGCAUACAUAAAUUUGAUGCGUUAAGAGAAUUUUAGACCACCGUUGGGCGUAUCGAAAACCGUCGUCCAGUAUUUAUCCGUAACAAGAAACAUCUUUUUAGACAAUUCUUAGGAUAUCGCGUGACCCCAGCUUCGCGAAUAAUUGAAAUGCUCAUAUACUAAAAAAGAAAAAAUAUUAUUUUUAUCAUUGUAAUAAGAAAGCGUCGAAAAAAAAGGAAGGCAGUAUGUAAGCAGAUUUCUGUUCUGCGAAACGUUCGAUUAAAAUUAUUUUCUACGUACUACGAGCGGUAUAAAGCUUGAGCGGCGGGGUUGUAUUCUGUAAAUAUUAGUUUGAUACUACCGAGCGUACAUAUGUAGCGUACAUUGCUUAAAUGAUUGUAAAACGACAAAAAAUAAAAAUGAUCUAGGUUUAGCGCGGUUCAACGCGGUCCAACGCGUGUACCGGAAAUUUUAGGGCAUGGUAGAGCGUUUCAACUACCGUGAAUCCAUUCGUGCGUAAUUAAGCGUAUUGCGUAAUUCCGAACAGAUUGGCGUAACCCUUAGAAAUAUUGCGUAAACCCCUAACCCUUAUUUAGGUAAAUUCUCUGGCUCUGCCAGACGCAACCCAGCGAUUUCGCCGACUACGUGGUUUGGCGUAAGUAUCCAUUUGGCAAGGUAUGGUUUUUUUACACGUAAGUCCUAUCGAUUUUUCGCAACGUCCAACGUGGACACCCAGAGUUUUGUCUUUUUCAGGUUAUCUGCAACCUCGGAGUUGUUUAUUUACCUACAUACUAUCGAGAUUACUGAAGCGAUGGUAUUUUUUUUUGCAUAAUGUUAAGGGCAUUGCGUCGUUUUAAACGAAUGCGCGUAAUCAGUAGUUUUUCUUUAUUUUUUGUAUGAAGCCCAGCGUAUCUAUAUAAUCCUUACAAAUUUUGUGUAAACCUUUGCGUGUAUUCAGCCGAACUUCUGUGGUCUAACUUCGGUGUAAUCCAGACGCGACCCAACGAUUUGCAGUAAGUAUUUUUCUCACUUAAUGCCUUUAUGUUCGUUCCGUAAUUUUACGCGUGUUGCGUAAAUUGCAUAGUAUCUGCAACCCGCAGCUUAUUUUCCUAGGUACCAGCGAAGUUAUUUAAACUGCGGCAUUUUUUUUUUCAUAGUUCGGGAUAUUUUCGUUUUAUCCGAAGAAUCCGCGUUUUUAUAUAGCCUAACGUCUCUGUUUAAACCGUGGCGUGUAUUUAGCUUCAUUUUAGCGUGUCUACUUAACUCUAACGUUUCCACAUUAUCACUUAGUUAUCGACCGUAUUUUUUUUUUUAACGUGAUCUCUAUUCGUCGCGUAAUUCUUCGCGUAUAUAGUAAUUUGGAGGGUAUUUAGAGCCCUAGCUUAUUUUCCAUGAUACUGGAUGGGUUACUUACCCGACAGAAUAUUUGCAUAGUCCCAGGGGCACUUCCGAUGAAUCGUUGCAAUGUCCAACUUCUUUACAACGCCAAGCGAUUUUGCGAAACCUUUGCACGAUUUGAAAGCCCUAGUGUAACGUAGCGUAUUUUUACAUAACGAUCCCGAGAUUUGUCGAAAGUACUUUUUUCUUUUUUCAUAAUGCUUGUCGGAGGUUUUUCUUUUUGACAUUCUUAACAGCUGCGUUAUUCGUAGAAUACUCUAAGCAGCUUAUUUUCGUAGAUACUAGCUAGGUUAUUGAAACGACAGCAUUUUUUCUUUUUUCUUUUUUAUAAUUCGUAGGGCACUCGUUAGAUCCGACGAAUCUGCGUAAAUACUAGGAUUUUACUCUUAGAUGACCGUGUACUUUCAUGUGUAUCUGCAACUAUCAGCUUAUUAAUCGAAGAUAUUACCGAGGUUAUAUGAUCGACUGCAUUUUUUUUUUGCAUAAUCUGUGGGGCACUCGCGUUAUUUCCGAAGAAUCUGCGUAAAUACUAGGGUUUUCAGGAAAUGCAGCGUUUCUGUGUAAUCCUUGUAGAUUUGGCGUCGGUAAUAGGGCGUAUUUAGGUAGCCUCCGAGAAUGCGGCGUAAUCCGAUUGUUUCCGCGUUACCACCCUGUGAUUUCGCGUAAGUACUUGCAUUUAUACGUAAUACUUGUGUAAAUUCCUGUCGGUUUUCGAUAACUCGUGGAUGACCGUGUAGUUCCCGUGUACUUACAACUGUCGGCUUAUUAAUCGAAGAUAUUACCGAGGUUAUAUGAUCGACUGCAUUUUUUUUUUUGCAUAAUCUGUGGGGCACUCGCGUUAUUUCCGACGAAUCUGCGUAAAUACUAGGGUUUUCAGGAAAUGCAGCGUUUCUGUGUAAUCCUUGUAGAUUUGGCGUCGGUAAUAGGGCGUAUUUAGGUAGCCUCCGAGAAUGCGGCGUAAUCCGAUUGUUUCCGCGUUACCACCCUGUGAUUUCGCGUAAGUACUUGCAUUUAUACGUAAUACUUGUGUAAAUUCCUGUCGGUUUUCGAUAACUCGUGGAUGACCGUGUAGUUCCCGUGUAUUUACAACUGUCGGCUUAUUAAUCGAAGAUAUUACCGAGGUUAUAUGAUCGACUGCAUUUUUUUUUUGCAUAAUCUGUGGGGCACUCGCGUUAUUUCCGACGAAUCUGCGUAAAUACUAGGGUUUUCAGGAAAUGCAGCGUUUCUGUGUAAUCCUUGUAGAUUUGGCGUCGGUAAUAGGGCGUAUUAGGUAGCCUCCGAGAAUGCGGCGUAAUCCGAUUGUUUCCGCGUUACCACCCUGUGAUUUCGCGUAAGUACUUGCAUUUAUACGUAAUACUUGUGUAAAUUCCUGUCGGUUUUCGAUAACUCGUGGAUGACCGUGUAGUUCCCGUGUAUUUACAACUGUCGGCUUAUUAAUCGAAGAUAUUACCGAGGUUAUAUGAUCGACUGCAUUUUUUUUGCAUAAUCUGUGGGGCACUCGCGUUAUUUCCGAAGAAUCUGCGUAAAUACUAGGGUUUUCAGGAAAUGCAGCGUUUCUGUGUAAUCCUUGUAGAUUUGGCGUCGGUAAUAGGGCGUAUUUAGGUAGCCUCCGAGAAUGCGGCGUAAUCCGAUUGUUUCCGCAUUACCACCCUGUGAUUUCGCGUAAGUACUUGCCUUUGUACGUAAUACUUGUGUAAAUUCCUGUCGGUUUUCGAUAACUCGUAGAUGACCGUGUAGUUCCCGUGUAUUUACAACUGUCGGCUUAUUAAUCGAAGAUAUUACCGAGGUUAUAUGAUCGACUGCAUUUUUUUUUUUGCAUAAUCUGAGGGGCACUCGCGUUAUUUCCGACGAAUCUGCGUAAAUACUAGGGUUUUCAGGAAAUGCAGCGUUUCUGUGUAAUCCUUGUAGAUUUGGCGUCGGUAAUAGGGCGUAUUUAGGUGGCCUCCGAGAAUGCGGCGUAAUCUGAUUCUUUCCGCAUUACCACCCUGUGAUUUCGCGUAAGUACUUGCCUUUGUACGUAAUACUUGUGUAAAUUCCUGUCGGUUUUCGAUAACUCGUAGAUGACCGUGUAGUUCCCGUGUAUUUACAACUGUCGGCUUAUUAAUCGAAGAUAUUACCGAGGUUAUUUUAUCGACUGCAUUUUUUUUUUUGCAUAAUCCGCGGGGCACUCGUUAUAUCCGACGAAUUUGCGUAACUACUAGCAUUUUCAUAAAGUCCGGCAUUUCUGCGUAACCUACAGAUUUUACAAAAAUCUAAGUACGCAAUCUACAGCGUGGGACAUAACCCCACUGUCUUCGCUUUACCAUCCGGUGAUUAGAAGUAUUUGUCCGUUUUCUUUUUAGGUAAUCCCUCGGUUUUUCAAUAAUUCCUAACGUACCGACGUAGUUCCUAGGUUUAUCAGCAAUACCCAGGUUAUUUUCUUAGAUACUAGCGAGGUUACUUAAACGAUAUUUUUGUCCUCCGAGCUUUCUCCGUAAUCUCAUUUUUUUCCGCAUUACCAUCUCGUGAUUUCGCUCAAGUAUAUUGUUUUUCCGUAAUGGAUGUCGAUUUUUCCUAACUCCUAGAUGACCGUGUUAUUUCCAGGAUAUCUGUAACGAUCAGCUUAUUAAUUCUAGAUAUUAACGAGGUUAUUUAGUCGAUAGCAUUUUUGAAUAGUCCCUGAGGCGGUUGCAUUAUUUACGUAGACUAUACGAACUACCAGCAUCUUUAUAAAGCUCAUCGUUUCUGGGUAACCCUUACAGAUUUUGGCUUAUCCGACUGGCGAUUUGAAGUAAGUAUUUGUGCUUUAUUUUUUAUUCUUAUGUAAUAUCUGUCUUCAAUAAUUACUAAUAUACCGACGUAAUUUCUAGGUUACCCAUCUUAUUUCCCUAGAUUCUAGAGAGGUUACUUAAACGACAACAUGGUUGCAUAAUCCCAGGGGCAUAUUCGUUAUUUCCUACGAAUCAAGUAACGACCAGCGUCUUCAUAAAGUGCAGCAUUUCUGUAUAUCCUCAUAGAUUUGUCGUCAAUCCUAGAACGUAUUUAGGUGGCCUCCGAGCGUCAGGCGUAACGUCAUAGUGUCCGCAUAAGCGAAUAAAUUUGUUUCUACCUAA